UGUUAAUUGCCGUUAAUUUUAUUUAUGCCUUAAUAUUAGUUCAAGCGGCUCUUAUGUUACACCUUGAACGAAAUGAUACCUCUCUACCUCCGGAUGAAAAUGAAGAAAGACGCAGAAUAUUCUACUGUGCUUAUUAUCUUGAUAGGCAAAUCCGUUCAGAAUUAACAAGAUGGUUAAGAGAAUUACCUGUUGACCUUCGAUGUCAAGAUUUAUCAGAUGCUGAUUCAAGUCGUACCCAAUUAUCCAAUUUUUCCCUUUUUGCUGGCCAAGAUGGUCCCGUUCAACUAUGUCUUACUGCUGCUACUACAAUUGCUGAAAUCUCUAGAAAAAUGCAAAAUUAUAAUCAAAAAGCUUUUCUGUUUGAAUCAAUUGCUAAAAAAGCUUUAAAUAAUUCUCUUUAUGAAUUAACUUUUGCUGCAAAACAUUCAAACUUUACUUUCUCUAUGGAUGAUUGUAUGGAUGAUUCUACUGAUGAAUUUACUGAUGAAUAUACUGAUGAAUAUAUAGAUGAUUAUAUGGAUGAGUAA